AACUCUCAAUUACCCAAUUACCAAUAUCAUGUGGACUCUAUGGUUGACACUAGGAAGGGGUUGCUGUCUUAUUUCGCAGAAACGGCAGGUGGGUGUUGGAUACUGGCGUGCACAGAGUACGCUACGAGAACACAACUGUAAUUGUAGUCGGGGGUUUUAUUAUUAUUAUUAUUAUUAUUAUUAUUAUUAUUAUUAUUAUACUUCCUUUGAAGAACUGCUCUUUUAUCAUAUCAAGGUCAUUUUUUGUAAAGUACAAAAUUAACUUGAAAUAAUUGAAGAAAACCUCCAAAUUGUGCGUUAAAUAAUUCGACCUGAAAAAAAGCAAUCCGCCCAAAAUUCAAAAGGUAGUCUUAGAUAGUGGAGAUAAAGAUAGAUUGCAAAAAACAAACUUGGAAAAUUAUGGAUGACGCAUUAACGAAGCACGAAUAAGGCUAAAUUAUUUAAAAUGCGCAAACAACUAUCUUCUUCAAUUGGUGGAAUAAAAGUUACAAUAAGAAAUGAAUUGUUUAAUAAGUUGCACAAUGAUUGUCAGAUAAAAAAUGUAGGUCCUACAUUCAGAUAGCCUGUGAACAGGCCUUUGGUCGAGCGGGGAACUCACUUUCCCUUUCCUUUCCUCGCUACUUUUUUUCCCCAAACAGAGAGCCUGUUAACAGGCUAACAUUCAGAAGUUAGUAACAAAACAAGAUCGAUGACGGAAAUAAUGCGAGUAACUUAAAUUCACCUUUGCCUUAUCUUAUUGGUAGACAAGCAUUUGCAAAGCCUCAAGACCGUCUCAGUUCCAAUAUCCACGUGCAAAUUUCCCAUACUGCUAUCAAUAAAUUUCUUUAAAGAAUAAGUUGAGAGAAUUUGAUAAAAGAUCAAAGCAUUUUCUGUUUAUUGGUUAUUUAAGAAUUUGUUCAUGCUUAGCGUGCGUAUAUCGAGUUAUGGAUGCACGCGGGAAGUUUGGAGAGCACGAAAGAUGCGUAAGAGUUGCACGAGGCGAUAGCCGAGUGCAACUCUAGCUUCUUGAGUGCUCUCCAAACUUCCCAAGUGCAUCCAUAACUCGAUAUACGCACAGCUAAAAGCAUGAGCAAAUUCUUUUAUAACAUAGCUGACAAAAAUGCUUGCUUUUUGAUUAACUACAAAAUUCUCGUAACGCGCGACACAAUAACAAACGGUUCUAUUGGCUGAUUGCGAACACGCCACAAUCCUCUAGUUUGAAUGAAAAUAUUCUUUUUGUAAAAGUGAGAAAGAAAAUUUGCUUCUUUAUUCGUUAACGAUCAAUGGAAACUAAGCAGAAACAAAGGUAAAAGAGUCUUAAAGUUCACCUUAAGUUAAAAUACUAACAUGUUCGUAAGAAGUCGUGGAGUAUGGUUUGGAUUUGCUGAAAAGAUGUUUACGUUUUGCUCGGCGAAAUCCAGAAAACAUGUUUUUAGCGAAGACGACUGUUAUCCUUCUUUAAACUUAUAUUCAUUUACGAACAUUGGCUGGUCAUUACGGCUUCUUGAGAAGACCUGGCAGCAGUUGUUUUUGUGACUAGUAAAUUUAUGUCUUCUUGUGUAAUUUGUGUUGUUAUUGCGAGAUAAAUUUUCCUGCUUAAGUCGGAUUGUCCCGGGAGAUAACAAAGUGCAUAACAAAUUUAAAAACAACAAUAAAAACGGAGAUUUUGCCUUUAAAUGUUGUUGAUGACCAGUUGGUGUCUGUUCUGUUCCCAGUGAAUGUCUUUCAGCCAAAAUUUGCUGCAGCUUGUCUUCGACAAAUUGGCGAAACGCGCAACUUGCGAGUUUUUUUUAAUUCGGCUUUAUUUUUGCUGCUUGUUGGAUCAGGAUCUAAAAGGUCAAUGCCGAUAGAAAAAUUGGGCAGUAUUUCACUGGUUUCUUCCAUAUUUUAAAGAGAAGGAAAAGUGCACUGCAGCUUAAAAGACAACAACUUUGCAGCCAGGUUUAAAAAAAAAAUGCUUACGUCAUGUUAUUUACGCACGGGCGUGCGUAAAUAAAGAUUUUGUUCAUAGCGGCUCAAUAGGACUUGUAUAGCACGCGCUAUGUUAUAAUUUAAUAUUUCUCAUAAAUUUUUCUCUUUAUGAGGUAUGAAUGAUAUUGAUCAGUCUUGGGACGUAAGGGGUUAAGAUAGUCUUGUUGCUUCAAACUAAAAGAUAAGAUUGUGUUUUCAUUAAUUUGCAGCUCAAUCUAUUUUGAUUCUAUCUGUUCUAUCUGAAUUAGUGUUACGAGAAGUGGCAACUAGAAACAAAUUAAAUUCAUCAGUCCAUGAAUCAAUCACCAAACAACUGAUUUUUUUAACUAUUUUCUUACUUCUUUGCAUCACGUAACUAUUUUUUUCCCCUCCAUUUUUUCAAUCAGCUUCGUCGCCGUCUAACAGCCUGCUUACAACCGUGGAAAAAAUAGAAAAAGCAGUUUACGAGGGACAGGCCCAUCGUUCUCUUUACCUCCAAACACCAACCAGAGUGAAAAAGAUCGAAGGCAUCAUCAAACUUGCCGCUCAGCAUGGCAACCGACAAUUUCUUCGCCAAGCACUUGGUCAUGCGCUGUACACUACCAUCAACAUACAGAAAAGCAAGCACUCUUCCCUGACUUCGCGUCGUAAAAAGCGAUGUGCAAUAUGCGUCAAUGCAGUUAAGAAAAUGAUGCAAUCAAUCAAAACGACCAUCGGAAAAGAUAAAUUUGACAAGGUUAUUGGCAACCAAAACGACAACAAGGCUACACUUAUGUUUGCGGUGGAUGACACGGGAAGUAUGUAUCAAGAAAUUCAAGCAGUCAAGGAUAUAGCAACUUACAUCGUCAAAAUCCCGAGGCCAAAUUUAGAAGUGGAUUACAUUUUGUCGCCUUUUGGAGACCCAGGUUUGUGAGUUCUUAAGUUAUACACUAGCUUAGUCAUCGAAAGUAUCCUUAACAGAUUAAAAACACUUCCUCAUGUAAUCGUUGGGUUAUGAAAGCAUAUACUAUCUUGAUUAUGGUCUUUUCUGGUAUUUGAUGUGCAAGUCAGUUGGAAGGGUUCCAACAGCUGCUUUAAAGCAAUCUUUCAGUUGUAAUAAUUAUAAGUACUAUUCAAGGUUUGAUAAGUGUAAAUGUCGACAAACACCUAUGAAAGAAAGACCAUGCACCUGGCUAAAAAAAAAUUGCACAAAACUCCAUCCAUAACUAAAGAGUCAACAAAAACUUCCUCAAAAUUAGAGACAACUUAAAACGUAGUGUCCUUAAAGUUAUUUUUGCUAGUUUACAUUUAAAAAGUAACUGUUUAAUGGGCGGGAAAUAAGAUCUAAGGAAUGUAAAUUCCAGUACUACGGCUUUCCCCUGUACGGUUGUGUUUAAAUUUGUCCCGAACGGCCAACUACAAUUUCCAAUCAAUUUUUCUCGCGCUCACCGCCAUGACUAAGCACCAAGCCCCACCCGACCAUCCCGUCCCCCUCCAACAUAAAUUCCGAAAUAAAACUAAUAAACUGAACACUGUCUUGAAUCUUGAUGAUAAAUUACUGAAUCACUUUAAGACCACUAAUCAGUGACGGCACAAUUUUCAUAUUGCCACUCAAAUCUCCAUUUCACACAGCCACUCACUGCGCUGAAAAUGAAAUCAUUAGCAGUAAUAUAACUCCAGACUGGUUAUUUAACCCUCUCAUGACAAGCAAAGAAACCUUUCAUAGCGGAGCUCCACGCGCGAGUGGAGCCCCAUAACUAAGAAAAUGUGGUAAUCUAUACAGCCGAGAAAUUUUUGGUAAUCACGUGACCUUACGUCCGCCCGUCCGUCCGUCCGUCCGUCCCCAGCACAGGGAAACCAAUGUGAAAUAUCACACUUUUUAUCUGGUGUGGGAACCUCAACCUAAUAUUUCACAUCCAUGUUGAGGUCGUUUGACAGCUGUUAAAAAAAGGUAUCCGCUAAUCAGAAUCACAUGACCGAUGGGGGCUCAGGUAUUGACCUAUCGGGGUUACAUGUUUUUUUUUUUGCGUCUCGGCUGACAAGUUACUAGUUUUCGGUUGAUCGCAGGCUGAACUUUUUUAACGGGAGCUUCGACCUAAUACUUGGCUAACUUUAUAUAUUACCAAAGAUGAAGACGUUAGACGUAGUUUCUAUCUUUUAACUCCUCAGAAAGUGGCAGAGCCGUAAAGAAAGGUGUUGGAAAAGGAAACGAAUUUAUUGACCAAAUUGAUGCCCUUUAUGCAAGUGGCGGAGGAGACUGUAAGGAGAUGGCCUUCACUGGAAUUCUGGACGCCCUGAAAAAAGGUCCUGUAAACAAGUCACCCCUGUACGUUUUUACAGAUGCACCACCGAAGGACGUCGCUUUGUUUGAUGCAGCAAGGGUCAAAAUGGAUACGCUAGGUGUACCAGUUUAUUUUUUUCUAACUAAAGGCUGUGGUGACGAAGCCGAUUACCUGCCGUUCAAGGAACUUGCCACGAAAACUUGUGGUCAGAUUUUUGAGCUGCCAAAAUCUAGGACUGAGAUCGCAAAGAUGAAGAGGUUUACAAAAGUGCUCCUUGAAGAGAGUGUAUGUAGUGGUGGAGUUGGACUGAGAUCGAUUAAGAAAAAACGGAGUGUUGCUGCAAAGGAAUACAAAUUGAUGGUAGAUGACACAAUGGACAAAAUAAUUGUAUCGAUCUCUAGUGCCAACAGCUCUCCAAAAAUAACACUCGAAGAUCCCCUGGGAAAUUCUGUUGGAAAGACCACGGUGUCGAAAGUGACAAUAUUUGAGGUGGCUAACCCAAAGCCUGGACUUUGGACGCUUACUGUACCACCUGACACUGGAAAACACACAUAUCUGUUCAAGGGAACCAGCAAAACCAACAUGGAUUUCGAUGUUAUCUUUGUCAUUCCCCGUGUAAGAGGAACGCCUAUACCAAUAUCACAUCCUCUUACUGGUGAGCCUUUAAUCAGCAUUAUAAUUAUAAAUGAUAAAUAGAAUAACAUGUGCCUGAGAGAGAAGAACUCGUCAUUAUCUUUAUUGUGCAAAUGACAUGGACUUUGAAAUAGAGAGGACUUACAAUGCCUUUCUUCUAAAGAAAACCUGAUGGGUAUUAAUUUCUCUCGAUACAUUAUAUUAUUCUCUUUUUUACAAUCAGUCUUUUGAAUCUUAAAAUCCUUUUUUAAGCGUGUGGUUAUGGUUCCGGCGUCUCGAUAGUCCAGCCCAACUUCUCGAUGGUUCCUGAGCUUUAAAACGGCCCGUUGCAUUUUCUAAUUGGCGGUAAUAAACCUAAUAGGAACUAAGCGAUACUCUUAUCAUAAAACUUGUGAAGUUAAUGUUGAGUUUUUUCCCACUUAAAAUGCAUUGUUAGGUUGAUGACUUCCACCUACCCCUCCCCUAACUCACCGUUAACAGUUACUUCCCACUUAGGACAAAAUGUUGGGUUAGGGGAGGGGGAGUAGGCUCUUUCCUAGAAACCCAAAUUGAUCUAACGUUUCUUCUUCAUCUUAUAUUCAGGAAAAUAUGCGCAUGUCGUCUUGAUAGUAAGAGAGGCUGAUAAGGUACAGUCAACAUCUCUGUACCUUAACAUCCUGAAGGAAGAUGGAAGCGUCCUUCGCACAGCGUCUGUCAGACCAGCUGGAACUACAAGUGGAGCACAUUUCUCGGCCACCUUUGCUACUCCAUCGGCCCCCUUCAAGCUGCAACUGAGGGGCAAGACCAAGAAAAACUUUGACUUUGAACGCAAUUCCAAGAUCACUAUACAACCUAGCCAUGUAAUGGUCAAGGCCAUCUAUUCCGGAAGUGAAUUCACGGUUCCCAAACACACCAAUGAAUCAGUCAUGUUUUUAGUCUACAACACUGGUGUUACUGAAAUGUUUGAUGUUGCAGUUGAAGGUACGUCAGUGUUCAACGCCCACUAUCAAAGAUCACACCUCGUCUACAAAGACCGUCUGGCCUUCAUUGACGUGUAUUUUUCCGCAUCGCCUUUGGCCGCCCCAGGAACCGCAGAGGGCGUGCUAGUCACUGUAACUGGUCGAACGUCGAAGGCCACUGCCAAGACCGUUGUGAGUUUGAUGGUUUCUUAA